AUGUCUCUAAAUUACAUCAAAAACUUCUAUGAAAGAUCAGUGAAGCUGCCAACUGUGAUGGGUCAAUCCCACACCCUUUUCUUUGGAUGUCUCCGAAUGUUCUUUUUUGAAGUGUUGUUUGUAGUCUGUGGGAAUGAGGUUUUGCACUUCAGUUGUGAUCCAGACAGCAGAGAAAUAAACCUCUUCUGUUACAAACAGUUCAGACCAAUCACUCCACAAGUGUUCUGGGCAUUACAACUAGUGAUUGUCCUGGUUCCUGGAGCUAGUUUCAAUCUUUAUGCUGCAUGUAAAAGCAUCAACCAAGAAGAGUGCAUUCUUCAAAAGCCUAUCUACACUGUGAUUUAUAUCCUCUCCAUUUUAUUAAGUAUUAGUCUAGAGGUGAUAGCAUUUUGUCUUCAGAUUCACCUCUUUGGUUUCCAAGUAAACACACUCUACUUGUGUGAUACUGGACCUCUUGGCAAAAAAUUUACUAUUAUAAAGUGCAUGGGGCCAGAAUACCUUGAGAAGACCGUUCUUCUCAUUGCAAUGUAUACAUUUACUGUAAUUACAAUGGUAUUAUGUGUUGCUGAGGUUUUUGAGAUAAUAUUUAGAAGAUUAUGCUUUCUAAUUAAGUAG